AUGGCUGCCGCCGACCCUGGAGAAGGGCUUUUGACACAGCCGGCGGCAGCCCGCUGCAAGUCACGGUCAAUUUUGCCAUGUCAAGCAGCUCCCAAUGGAGGGAAGCCUAAGAAGUGUCUGGUCUAUCCUCAUCCCCCGAAGAGCUCCCGCCUGUCUCGGUCGGUUCUGCGCUGGCUCCAGGGCCUCGAUCUCACCUUCUUCCCCAGGAACAUCAGCAGGGAUUUUUCAAAUGGCUUCCUGAUAGCAGAAAUAUUCACUACAUAUUACCCCUGGGACCUUAAAUUGUCAUCCUUUGAAAAUGGAACUUCUUUAAAAGUCAAGUUGGAUAACUGGGCACAGUUGGAAAAGUUCCUGGCAAGAAAAAAACUUAAAUUACCUAAAGAACUAAUCCAUGGAACAAUUCACUGUAAAGCUGGAGUACCUGAAAUACUGAUACAGGAGGUGUACACCUUGUUAACACAUCGAGAGAUUAAAAGUAUCCAGGAUGACCUCGUGAAUUUCACAGACUACAGUUACCAGAUGCAGUUGCCCCUGGUCCCUAGGUCGACAGCUUCAAAGUCUAUUAAAGAUAACAUUAGGCUAUCAGAACUAAUAGGCAAUCCCAACAAACUUAACAAUGAACUUAAAGUAGAGUUCCUCUUCCUUUUACAAAUGUUGCAAAGGAAAUUGAGCAGAAAACUGAACCCAAAAUGGUUUGCAGUCAAACCAACAGUGGGAGAAUCUACUCUCGAUCGCCGUCCUGCCAAAGCCUCUGGGAACAAAAGCAAUUUGGUCAUGUCAAAGGAAAGAGCCACUCCUGUGUCUUGUAAUAGUGUCAAUCCACCUAAAGAAACUGACGUGAAGCAAACCGGAAAACAUUCUUUUGACGGUAUGAAGCCUCCCAGAAAUGUGGAAAAGGAACCCGAAGAAGCACCUGUCUAA